AUGUCCUACAACGGCAUUGGUCUCAAGACAGCCAAGGGGUCUUCGACCUCGGGCCAUAUUCAACAGUCUCUUGCGCAUAACAACGAGGGCAAGAACAUGCGAAACUUCCUCAGUCGUGUAGAAAAGAAGAACAAGCCUCACAAAAGGGCACCGCCUCGUAAGCAAGAGAGUAUGAUACUACAUUUGAGCAAACGUGAAAUAGAGCUUAGAGUCUCUGAGUACAGGGACCGUCUAGAGGACGAUGACACUUUAACUGACGACGUGAUUGAUUCUCGUUGCAUUGAGUACCGGAAAAAACUGCUCUUGGAGCAGGAACAAAGUAAAAAGGACGAACGACUGCGAACCGCUUACGUGUCGCGAAAGGCGCGGGACUGCCGGGAGCACGCCAGCGACCAGGAAGAGCGCAACGGCGACCGAAAGAGCGGAGCGAGAAACUUCAAGAGCACAAGAGAGGACCUUAACAGCUCCUAA